GUUAUCAUGUCAUGACAAAUCUGUCAAGAUACCGCACUUAACCUCCUCGACUUCUCUAAUUUCCAAUUUCAAUUAUUCCUAAAUUAAUUCCGCCGGUUAUCUAUUCAAAUUACAGAAUAAUGUCAAGCUCUCCGGGUGGCUUAUCAUCUCUAAAAUGGCAGAUCGCUCUAGGAUUAGGUGUGGCCGGGGCUAUAGGACUAACAUAUUGGUAUAUGAGAUCUAGUAAAAAUCAAACUUUACAUGCAGUAGAAGAAACACCCGUUGAAAAGGAAGAAACCCCUUUUCAACGGGCUCAAAGAUAUAAAACCGAAGGAAACGAGCUAUUCAAGCGAGGUAAAUACGACGAAGCGAUUGCUUCUUACAAUAAAGCCAUUGACACCAUCCCACAAGAGUACAAAACAGACUUAGCAACUUACUAUCAAAAUAGAGCAGCAGCUUAUGAACAACUGAAGAAAUGGAGUGCGGUGAUUUCCGAUUGUGAUAAAGCUAUUGAGCUAAAUCAUAAAUAUGAAAAAGCAUUAUACAGAAGAGCAAAAGCAUAUGAGAUCAUAAAAGACUGGGAGAAUGCUUUAGAUGAUGUUACAUCUGUUUGUUUACUUCAGAACUUUGGAAAUCAGAGUGCAUUGUUAAUGGCUGAUAGAGUUCUAAAAGAAUUGGGUAAGAAAAAUGCUUCUGAAGCCAUGAAAAAUAGAGUGCCAGUAAUUCCAUCUAAGAACUUCAUCAAAACAUAUUUUGCCUCAUUUUCUGAGGAUCCUGUCUAUAAAAAGUUAUUAGAAACGACACAGCCAUUAGGACAAGGAGAAUUAAAAGGUUUCUUAAAAGCCAAACUGGCUUUUGCAACAGAACGAUAUGAGGAAAUUAUUCCCGCAUGUACAGAAGAAUUGAAUUUAAGUGAGGCAGAGUCAAAUUUCAAAAAUGAGGCACUUUCUUUGAGAGCAUCUUUCAAUUUCCUCACUGGUCAGUUUAAAGAAGCAGUAGAGGACUUAAGUAAUAUAAUAAAUGCUGAAGAAGCUGAUCUUAAAAUUAAAGUUAACGCAUUGAUAAAGAGAGCAUCAAUUAAUAUGCAAACAGAACAAUUAGAUGAGUGUCUGGAUGAUUUUGAUAAAGCUGCUAGUUUGGGUAUUGAAGUUUCAGAUGUUUUCCAUCACCGCGGUCAGGUGAAAUUGUUGAUGGAAAAGACUGAAGAGGCGCGUAGCGAUUUCGAAAAAGCAGUGGAACUGAAUCCCAACUUCCCGAUCGCGGUAGUUCAGAAAUGUUACACUGACUACAGACACGCGAUGCAAACACAGAACGCCGUCCUCCUAAUGCGCAGUCUGGAGGAUUUCAGGAACGCCAUCGAGAAAUUCCCUAGCUGCGCGGAAACGUACAUUUUAUUUGCUCAAGUUCAGACGGAACGUCAAGAAUUUUCAUCGGCCGAAGACUUAUACCAGAAAGCUAUGAAAAUCGACUCUACUAACGCUUCUGUGUAUGUACACAGGGGAUUACUUUUAUUGCAGUGGAAAGGAGAAAUCGAAAAUGCCGUCCAGCUGAUGCGCGACGCUAUUAAAAUUGAUGAAAAGUGCGAAUUUGCGUAUGAAACGCUAGGAACGGUAGAAGUUCAAAGGGGCAAUUUGAUAAUCGCCAUCGAUCUAUUUAACAAGGCAAUAGCCUUGGCAAGGUCUGAGAUGGAGAUGGUACAUUUGUUCUCCUUAAGAGACGCUGCAGCAUCGCAAUUGAAGAUCGCCUCAAGGAUGGGUAUCGGACCAACAUUGAUGACAUAAUUCCAUAAAAAACGUACGAAAAAAAGAUAGUCUAAUUUUUUGUUGAUGUAAAUGUUAAUAUUCACAUUAUGUUAUAUAUUUGAUCGUUAAAUUUCCAAAUGAAUGAAACAUUGUCGCUAGAACUUUGAAUUUUUAUGUUAUUUCGUGUUCCAAAAUCAGAAUGUAGUUUUGGAUUAAAAUUGGACAAAUUGUUUUUACAAAUUCUCUAUACAGGUGUCCACCAAAAAGUUUGCAACAAAAAGGAUAUUUUUUUAAUUAUAGAGUAACUUAAAACAUGUGGAAUCAAAAAUUAAACAAUCUAACAACAAUGUGAAGUUUGAAGUUCAAACCUCAAAAAUAUGAACCUGAAACAUGUAAGUGGAAUCACAAUAAAUGAUACCAAAAAAUAUCAAGUGAUUCAGAAUUCCAGCCCUUUGAGAAACUACAUAAUAAAAAAAUCCUUUGACGUGAACUUUUUGUCACUGUAAAAUAUUCCAUAGUUAUGAAGAGGGUAGUGUCGUAGUGUGUACAAUAAAGGCAAGAAUGCAUUUUAAACACAGUUGUUACACUGCCGCAAAUAUUAUUAUAUUAAACUAGAAAUAUAUGGUUUUUUAAUAAAAAAAUA